AUGGCGGUGCCUCAUCUGCACCUUUCGACUCCGGUUGAUAUACCACCUACAAUUUUGAUCCUGGGCUUGGUGGUGCUUCUCCUGAUACUUGCCUUACUCAAGGGCGUACUCUAUCCAACCCUCGACCCGCGCGAGCCGCCACUACUACGGCCCAAGAUCCCGUUCAUCGGCCACAGCUUGUCUAUCGUCUCCGACGGCGGGAGCUACUAUGACAGACUCUACAAAUCAACCCACCUCCCCAUCUGCACCCUCCCCGUCCUGACCAACAAACUCUACGUCCUCAACUCCCCCUCCCUCAUCUCCGCCGCCCUGCGCAACCCGACCCUGUCCUUCGACCCCUUCAUCGUGCUCUUCUCGCAGAACGCGCUCGGCGCCAGCGACGCCGACAUGCAGCGCCUCCGCGACCCGGCCUACAUCCGCUCGGCCAAGAAGCCCUUCUACCCGUCCAUGUCGGGGGAUCCCCUGCGGCUGAUGGUGGGCGCGGCGUUGGAGGAUAUCGCGCGGGGGUUGAAUAGGCUGGGUGUGGGGGGCGGUGGUGGUGGGGGUGGGGGGUGUGAGAUUGUUAUUCCGCAUGUGGGGGACUGGUUGAGGGAGGGGAUUUCCAGGGCCGUUGUGCGGGCGUUGUAUGGGGGGAGGAAUCCGAUCACGCUGGGGAGGCUUGGUGAUAUUUGGGAGUUCGACAGGAAGAUCACGGUUCUGACGCUCGGUCUUGCUCCGCGGUUACUGGCGCCGAAAGCGGUCGCUGGUCGGGACCGCAUACAGGCGGCGUUGUACGAGUAUUAUCGGGACGGGCACGACCAGGCACCGGAUGUGUCCGCCUUUGUGAGGAACCGUGCCGCGGCCAAGCGCCAGAUGGGAGUUCGCCCCACCGACCUGGCCUCGGGCGAAACCGAUAUCCCGUGGACGGCACUCACCAACACCAUCCCCUCGCUUGCUUGGGUCUUUGUCAAUGUGUUUGCGCGCCCUGACUUUGCGGAGCGGGUGCGUCAGGAGACGGCGGAGGCCACUAGCCUGGACGGAGACAAAGCCAGCGUUGAUAUGGAGACGCUCGGGAAGAAGGUUUUCAUCAGUGCUGUGGUCCAGGAGGUACAGCGGAUGUACAACAAGCUCUGCGGGUAUCGGCAAGUGCUGGAGGAUACGGUGUUGCGGGAUGUGGAUGGACGAGAGUAUCUCCUGAAGAAGGGAUCCAAUGCCCAAUGGUUCCACGGAGUGCCGCAUCUGAGCGAGGACAUCUGGGGGCCGGACGCGAAGGCUUUCAAUCCCGAGAGGUUCAUCGACACGCCAGCCGAGGAAGAAAAGAAGCGGCGCGGGGCGUAUAUACCCUUUGGCGGGGGUAAACACCUCUGUCCUGGUCGGCGGUUUGCCGUGGCCGAGAUCAUGGGCAUGGUCGGCGCCAUCGCUCUGAUGUUCGAUGUUGAGGGCGUCUCAGUGCCACCGGCCAAGGCGGGUUAUGCUGGGUGCGCCAUGGCCCAUCCGGAUUGGAAACCCAACAAUCCCCCGCGAGUGAAGUUUAGUCGAAGAGAAGGUUGGGAGAAUGUCGAGUUGGAAUUUAUCGUUUGAGACUGGUUCAUGCUUGAUUUAAGUUCGGUUGUUCUAGGAGCUUGACAAAAAGCCAAGCGAUGGAUUUCAUUGUAUAGAAAUAUUUGAACUUUGCCGUAUCUAGCUACCUUUUCUAACAAAAUAUCAUUUUUUGAUGGCGCCACAACCGUUGAUCCAAACCGAAUUGAAGUUAGAUUUUGUCUCGUAGAAAAUCGUAAAACUC